AUGGCCGAUAUGUUCCAGCCAGCGCCCGAGCCCGAGACCAAGCUCGGGCGGUACAGGAUCCUGUCCUCGACGGCAGGUAUCAGAGUUUCACCGCUGCAGCUUGGUGCCAUGAGCAUCGGCGAUGCCUGGGAAGGUAUCCUGGGCAGCAUGAGCAAGGAGAACUCCAUGAAGCUGCUCGAUGCAUUCUACGAUGCUGGCGGUAACUUCAUUGACACGGCCAACAACUACCAGGAUGAACAGUCCGAGAGUUGGAUCGGGGAGUGGAUGAAGAAGAAGGACAACCGCGAUAUGAUGGUGAUCGCCACCAAGUAUACGACCGGCUACGCAAACUACAAGCUCGGCAAGAACAAGACUGUCAACUACACCGGCAACCACAAGCGCUCUCUCCACAUGUCCGUCCGCGACUCUCUGAAGAAGCUCCAGACCGACUUCAUCGACAUCCUCUAUGUCCACUGGUGGGACUGGACCACCUCCGUCGAAGAGCUGAUGGACUCUCUCGACAUCCUCGUUAAGCAGGGCAAAGUCCUCUACCUCGGAAUCAGCGACACCCCGGCCUUCAUCGUCAGCGCUUGCAACACCUACGCCAAGGCCCACGGCAAGACGCAGUUCAGCGUCUACCAGGGCCGCUGGAACAUCAUGCUCCGCGACAUGGAGCGCGAGAUCAUCCCCAUGUGCCGGCACUUCGGCAUGGCAAUUGCGCCUUGGGACGCUAUGGGGGGUGGGAAGUUCCAGAGCAAGAAGGCGAUGGAGGAGCGGAAGAAAAAUAACGAGGGCUUGCGCAACUUGACUGGCCCGGGACAGAGCGAGCAGGAGGCUAAGAUGAGCGAGGCGCUGGAGAAGGUCGCCGGCGAGCACGGGAUCGAGUCGGUGACCGCCAUUGCGCUGGCUUACGUGAUGGCGAAGGCGCCAUACGUCUUCCCAAUCGUCGGCGGGAGGAAGAUCGAGCAUUUGAAGGACAACAUGAAAUCGUUGGAGAUCAAGCUCACUGAGAAGCAAAUCGAGUAUCUGGAGAGCAUUACGCCGUUUGAACCUGGGUUCCCGAAUAACUUUGUUGGCGAGGACCCGCACGUCACCGGCAAGAGUGGGAUGAUUGUGUCUGGAGCAGCUCACAUCGACUAUGUGCUCCAAGGAAAGCCGAUUGGCCACGAGUAG